AUGCAUAAUAAUGAAAAUAUGCAAACUGAUGUAACAGGGAAUGAAAAUGGGAUUAAUGAUGGUGAGAAUGAAAAUAUGUAUAAUGAUGUCACGGAAGAUGAAAAUUUGUUUGAUGAUGUCAAUGAGAAUCAUGAUUUACAUAAUGAUACUAGAUCUAACGACAAACUUUAUCAAGAUAACAAUGGUAAUUUUCUAGGUUUGAUUAAAAUGAUAGCUGAAUUUGAUGUUAUAAUGCAAGAUCAUGUUAGACGCAUUCAAAAUCGUGAAAUUCAUUAUCAUUAUCUUGGGCAUAAAAUUCAAAAUGAGUUGAUUAAGCUUUUGGCCGAUAAUGUUAGAAGUUCUAUCAUUAAGAUCAUAAAAGAGUCCAAAUACUUUUCUAUUAUUCUUAAUUGUACCCCUGAUAUUAGCCAUCAAGAACAAAUGACUCUAAUAAUACGAUGUGUAAAUAUCUCAAAUGGUAAGAUAAAAAUCGAGGAGUACUUUUUAGAGUUUUUGACUGUUGAUGACACAUCUGGACUAGGACUUUUUAAUGUAUUACAAGUUGUUUUGAAGUCUCUUGAUCUAAAUAUUGAUGAUGUGAGGGGUCAAGGUUACAUUAAUGGUUCCAAUAUGAAGGGAAAACAUCAAGAAGUUCAAAAACCACUUCUAGAAAUAAAUCCGAGAGCAUUGUAUAUGUCUUGUGCUUUCCAUAGUUUGAAUCUUACUAUUGUUAUCCGAAUGCUUCAAUUGCUUAUAGAAUUUUUUUUAACUGUGGCAUCAGCUGAAAGAAGCUUUUCAAAGCUAAAAUUAAUAAAAACCUACUUGAGAUCAUCAAGAGUCACAAGAAAGGUUGAAUGGCUUGGCAUUUUAUCAAUCGAGAAGGAUUUACUAGAAAACAUUGAUGUUGAUGUUAUCAUUAAUGAUUUUGCAUCUCUGAAUGCUCUUCGAUGUCGAUUUUUAUGA